UUGCGUUCAAGUGCAGGGCUUAACAUCGAUACAUGCUUCUCUUGUUGUUGUUAUAGACGCACUCCAAGCAGGUCCUCGCAGGUUGUUGAGGAGACACCCACUAAAGGCCGGAUUGCCUCGCAGCAACCAGCAGACACCCACCAGCCAAUCAUACGCAAGGACCCCAAACUAACUGCGGAUGGCAAGAGAAAACCACCAAUGGCUGUGGAGAGUCAUCCAGAGUACCAGAAAGCCUUCAACAGCCGUCCGAAAUUACUGCGAACUCCCGAACACAAACGAAUCACUAAUUCAAUGGACCCUAUCGAUGUGCGCAGCGGUGACAGAACGCCCAACUCGCGACCGUCCAAGUCACGGCCAACUUCAGGUGAGGUAGAAAAUGAUCACCUCUGUGCCCCAGAUGACCCUGCCGAUGGUCACUACGCGACACCUCACGUCAACGGUGCUGACUGA